GGGGGAUCAGACUUUCCCGAUGGAGGAGGAGAAAAAGAUGAAAAAGAAGAAGAAAGGGAGAGAGAGUGGGCUAUCAGAAACCUUUCUGGCUGAGGGCAGUAUAUUUUGCUCUCCAGUCCGUAAACGUCAAGUAUCGGAUAACCCAAGAGCGUGAAAAAAGGGGGUGGAUGGAGAGGGGGAGCCAAAAAAAAAAAAAGGUAGAAACGGCUACUUGAAGGAGGGGUUUUGAUCGGACAGCCAGCACAAGGUCUCUCCACAAGCCGCGCAGAAGUGGAAAAAUCCCUUGUAGUCGUCGCGGCAGCGGUAUAGCUAUUUAAGCUAAUUAGAGGCAGCGCAAGACAAUUUCACUCUUUGCUGUUUGGCUAGUAAUACCGUCAUGUGAUUGCCCUUGGCUUUUCUUGCCUUCUUAAAAAAAAAAAAAGCACCAGGGUGAAUAAUCAACUGCCGUUUGCUUUUUUUUUUUCUCUUUUCAUUUUAUAAAACGGAUUUCUCUUGCCGAGUUCAUCCCACCGAAACAUCAGAACCUGAGUCACUGCAGAGUAUAAGAAGACGAGGAGAGAAUCCGUGAAGAUCGCUGUGGAUGAUUUAUUUUUUAAACAUAUAAAUACCAAAGUAUCGCUGGAGAUUCAGUCAGUGGAUGGAUUUUGUCUUUUAUCCAGAGGAGGCUACCACACCAAACCUUCACAAGAGAGGCUCGAUCAGCUUGUCAUUUUAGCUUUCCCCGAUCUUUGUUACUUGAUUGUUUCUCCUUCUUCCUCCUCCUGCUGUCUAUGUGGCAGAGGUUCCGGGAUUGAUUGGUCUUGCCUGGCCGUCUUACUGCUCGGCAGCCUCCUCCUCCUCCCGACUGUUUAAAGUGCUCUAUUUGGAGAUAGGGAGAGAAUUGAAGGAGAAGGGGGAUCUUGUAUUUUACGUCCAACCUCCCUGCCGCUUUGGAUACAAAAAUUAACAAUACAGAAAUCAAGAGAGAAAAAAAGACAAGUGGGACACACUAACCCCCCCGAUCUCCCACCCCUUCGAUUAAAAUGUCAUUCGGCUGCAUGGAUCCGGGUUGCUGAACUUCUGCAAUGGGAUUGUAAAGUUUUAAGCUGGAUGUGAAGGCAAGAAGCGGCAGAGGAAGAGAAACCCCCCCCACACCCCCCCACUCUUGGGCUGCAGUUUAUGCUGUCCCUUUGGUUUUUAAUUUUUUCUUUGGUGGGAAACCAUUGGCCUUGAGGAAAAAUGCGCAAUAAAUGGAGAGCAUCGACUGACGGAGUCCCCAUCCUCCACGCUUUUAGCAGGACUAGCUUCUUAUUACUUGGGCUGCUGGCAGCCAUAGCUCGAUGCCACUGGCCCAAUGGGCAAACGGAAAUAAUUCGGGACUUUGGAAACCAGCUAGAAGCCUCCAUGCGCUCGUCUGUACAAGCCGAAAUGCAGGACAUGGCGUCGGUAGGCAUGGUCCCGCCAGCUGGUAUCCCUGACUCUUCAGCUGUGGUGGGGCGGGUUUUUCAGAUGAAGGUGCCAUCAGAGACGCUUGAAGCGAGAGGUGGAGUAAUCAGGAUCACUGAAGCUGGAAAAGAAAGUCUGCCUUCCUGGUUACACUGGGAUCCUCACAGUUAUACCCUACAAGGCCUUCCACUAGAAGCGGACAAAGGCAUCGUUUACAUAUCGGCCUCCGUGAUGGAUGUAGCAGCGAAUGGAAGUUACAUUUCUCGAACAACGGAUGUUUUCUCCAUAGAGGUCCAUCCAGAAGAGCAUGCGGAUACAGACCCUGGGCAGUUUGGUGUUCAUUCAGCAAAUGAGGUCCAGCCUUUUAUUUGUGGAACUGAGGAGCCCGUUACUAUUUUGACUGUGAUCCUGGACGCAGAUUUAACUAAAAUGACCUCCAGACAACGUGUAGAACUGCUGACUAGAAUGAAAAAAUUUUCAGAUGUGAGUCUUCAGAAUAUGAAGCUUUUACCCGUUGUAAAUAACCGACUUUUUGACAUGUCUGCCUUUAUGGCUGGCCCAGGUAAUGCCAAGAAAGUAGUAGAGAACGGAGCAUUGCUCUCGUGGAAACUUGGAUGCUCCCUAGAUCAAAGUAACGUCCCUGACAUUCGAAGUGUGGAAAUGCCAGCCAAAGAAGGUACCAUGUCCGCGCAGCUGGGCUACCCUGUUGUGGGCUGGCAUAUAGCAAACAAAAAGCCCCAUGCACCAAAACGGAUUAGACGGCAGCUUUUUGCCACACCCACUCCAAUAACUGGGGUCUUACUUCCAACCACAGCUCCCCAAGAACCUCCAACUCGAAUUGUGCCAACUCUCACUUCUCCUUCAAUUGCCCCAACUACAGAAACUAUUGCUCCACCAGUCAGAGGCCCCGUCCCACUACCUGGAAAGCCUACAGUAACCAUUAGAACUAGAGACCCUAUUGCCCACACACCAACUCUGGGGCCUGUCCAGCCUACCAGAGUGAUGGAAACCACCAGCACAAUACCCAUUCAGCCUACUGUGACAAGGCCCGGUUACACAGAGCAGACGGCUGUGGUGACACCCCCAACUACCAAGAAGCCCAAAGUUCCAGGAAAACCCCGAACAACUCCUACUUCUACCUUGGCAACCACAACAAAAAGAAUUAAGAAGCCAAAAACUCCUCGUCCAGAGGAUUCUUCCAAAAGUCCAAGCACAAAAAUGGACACUACUACUCCAACUACACCCAGGCGUACCACUCCAGCUGUCGUACUGGCUGAUGAUAAUACGCCUCCAGUGCUGAGGAACCAUAUCGACCGGGUCGAUGCCUGGGUAGGUACAUACUUUGAGGUAAAGAUUCCUUCCGACACAUUCUAUGACCAUCAGGAUGGUACUACGGACAAAUUACGCCUGACUCUGAAACUGAACCGGCAGCUGGGGGUCAGCGAGAAUUCUUGGGUUCAGUUUAAUAGCACCAGCCAGCUCAUGUAUGGCCUUCCUGAUCUACCACAUAUGGGUAAACAUGAGUAUUUCAUGCAUGCUACUGAUAAGGGAGGCCUUAAUGCUGUGGAUGCCUUUGAGAUCCACGUUCACAGACGACCUCAUAGCGACAAGCCGCCUGCGCGCUUCAGUGCCCGUUUUCAAGGUGACCCUCGGUCUGUAACUAAUGAUAUACACAAGAAGAUUCUUCUGGUCAAGAAGCUGGCAUAUGCAUUUGGAGACCGAAACAGUAGCACUAUUACUCUGCAGAACAUCACCAAGGGCUCAGUUGUGGUGGAGUGGACAAACAAUAGCUUGCCGCAGGAUCCGUGCCCUAAAGAACUGAUCCAGGCUUUGAGUAAAAGAAUUGCAGAUGAUCAAGGCAAACCGAGCCAGCUCUUCCAUGGUACAAUGGAGCCAGAUUUUCAGCCAAUGGGUAUUAAUGUCACAGGAACGGGGAGCUGUAAAAACUACAUAUUUGUGCCAGUCAGUAUCGUUAAAGUUGUUCCGGAGACCACGGUAGCAGUUCCUGUAGAAGACAUGGGCAGACAGAGCACCGACGAUGUUUAUCUUCACACGGUUAUCCCGGCGGUGGUUGUCGCGGCCAUUUUACUCAUUGCCGGCAUCAUCGCAAUGAUCUGCUAUCGUAAAAAACGUAAAGGAAAACUGACCAUCGAAGAUCAGGCAACUUUCAUCAAGAAAGGCGUGCCGAUCAUCUUUGCAGAUGAGUUGGAUGACUCGAAGCCGCCUCCGUCAUCUAGCAUGCCGCUCAUCCUGCAGGAGGAGAAGCCUCCCCUACCCCCUCCCGAGUACCCUAACAUGGCUAGCCCCGAGACCACUCCCUUAAAUCAGGACCUCUUGGGAGAAUACACUCCACUCCGGGAUGAGGAUCCCAGUGCCCCCCCUUACCAGCCUCCCCCUCCCUUCACUGCCCCCAUGGAAGGGAAGGGCUCUCGCCCAAAGAAUAUGACCCCGUACAGAUCACCACCUCCCUACGUGCCACCCUAACAGCAUCACGGACCUCCAGGGUAGGAGGGACAUUUUUAGCUCCAAGCCAGUGUUGUCUGUUCAGAAAGAGUGUGA